AUGCCUACAAAAAAUCAAUUGAUUCGUCAUGGUAGAGAAGAAAAACGGCGCACGGACCGUACUCGAGCUUCGGAUCAAUGUCCCCAGAAGCAAGGAGUAUGCCUGCGUGUUUCGACGAGAACACCGAAAAAACCUAAUUCAGCUCUACGUAAGAUAGCAAAAGUACGGUUGAGCAAUCGACAUGAUAUAUUUGCUCACAUUCUAGGCGAAGGUCAUAAUUCGCAGGAACAUUCUAUAGUCUUAGUCAGAGGAGGUAGAGUGAAAGAUUCGCCAGGUGUGAAAUCCCAUCGUAUUCGAGGAGUCAAGGAUUUGCUGGGAAUUCCGGAUCGUAGAAAGGGAAGAUCUAAAUAUGGUGCAGAAAGACCUAAAUCGAAAUGAAUGGAAGAUGCCUCUGGAACUUUUUGG